GCGUCUGCGUGCAUGACUCCACCGUAUGGCGCUAGUUCUCCGGUCCUCUCCAGUUGCUGGCUCUCUUCUUCCACACGACCGUAUACUCGGGCAGAACACUGGUCGCUCAACAGUUGAUUAUCGAAAACCUUUGUGAAUGUAUGCGUGUGCGGUUAUAUGCGAAUGUAUUCGUGCUGUAUCGUGGCCAAUAUGAGUGCCACGAGGGGACAACAGCAAACUCUAACGGAUUUUUUCUCUGCGAAAAAGUCCACCCGACCAAGAGUCAAACAGGCCAGUCAGGCGCUUGAAAUACUCAAAAAGCUUGAUACAGAUCUUGAAGGGAUCCGAGCAGCCAAAAAAGUUUGUCGCUCAUCAGUCAGUCUCAAGGAGAGCCCCCCCGCUUUUCAGCGAUAUGCCAGCCUUUUGGAGCCAAAAGCAGACGUUUCCGCGGAAAGCCAAGUUCCGAAACGAGCUGAGAAAGAAAGCGAAGAAUUGUCCAGUAAAGAAACGCCCGCUCCUCCACUAAAAAAAACCUCCAGCAGUAAUGGCAAGAGUACAUUAUCAAGGCUCGAGGCAAAACGAGCCACCUUGAGGGCCGCCAGGGAGAAGCUACGUCAUUUCGAGAAAGACCAAACAGCUCUAAAAGAAUUUCAGGCGACAAAACCGGUACGUGAAGCUGGACCUACCGCCGUUCCAGCCUAUGAAAAGUAUGACUAUCUAACAGCACCUGCUGGUGUUCUGCCGCUACCUGUACACUAUCAGCGACUGCUUGAUGGUUUUCGGGCAUGUGACACUGUUGUAGCGAUGUACCACAAUCGUAAAGAGCUUUGUCGCUUUGACAAGCUGUCAUUAGCAGUACGAAGUAUGACUCGGCACGAAUUUAGUCUGUCACAUCUUGGCAAAAUCCUGCACAUUAAGCCUGAAGCAUACCUCGUAUCUCUAGAACAGCAUCGUUUCCUUGACACUACACAGAGGAUGCACCACAUUUUGUCAUUCAUUAAUCCUCCACUAGGACAAAACCCUAAAUUUGUACUCGAACGAAAAAAUGACUUCAAAGAUAGGCUAUUAUUGCGAGUGGCUAAGUAUCACCAGGAGUUCCUGGACAAAGAGAUGCCUGGUUCGGAUGUUCCUGUUGAAGCAAUUAAGAGAUGGCACCCAAAGUUUGUUCUCGAUUCUAUACCCGAUAUACCGGAAAAGGAGUUGCCGAAAUUGCAGGAAGCGAGUCAGGUUGCCAACGCUCAAGAGGUGCUAGGUAAAAUACGGGGUAAGUUUUCCACCCGGAUCGAAAAAGCGCUUGAAACUUUAGCCGAAAAGCAAGCUGAAAGAAAAACGAUAGCGCCUUCCAGUCAUACGCUAUUGACGCCUAAAACGGUUACUAUUAGCGGUGUGAGCCAAAGUCUUCUCGAAAGAAUCCGCAAGAAAGAGGCUCUUAAAAUGGCUGAGAAAAUGGUGAUGGGUGGACAAGAUGAAAAGGAACGACGCAUCCUUCAGGCACUGCCUGGACUGAUGCGGGCCAUCCGCCAAGUGUUUCUAACGUCAAAGAAAGCUACACUUCUUUACACGGAUCUAACAUCCAAAAUUCGAGACAGCGGUCCUUUUGACAAUCUUGACGCCCUCAUGUCACGGGUGGGAGAAAUAGCACCGGAGUGGUACAAGCCAAUAAUUGUGCGCAAUGUUAAAUAUGUGAAAAUUGAUAAAGAUCGUGAUGUGAAUUCGCUCUGUGAGCGUGUAGAACGCAUGGUUAAGAAUCAUAAUAACAGUACAAGUUCCAUUAAAGCCGGCUAAACAGCUACGUUCAAUAAGGUAGAAUGGAACAGACCCACAGUAAAAUAUUCACAAGUAAACUGAAUAUGCUACAAGUAAACAACCGAAAAUCCCCCAAAUUAAUGCAUAAUAAACGAUAUAUAUCAAUGCUUUAUUAAUACGAUUCGACUAUGUGACGGUACAAACAUGAGUUGCAGAAGAGGCUGGUGAGCGUAAAAAAUCUCGCGAGACAUAUAUGUAAAUCUACUUGUACCUUCGAUAUAAUAAGUAUUUUCGAUUUCGACACGGAAGAGCUUUAUUGUUUGACCGACGUGGAUAGAGAGCGUAAUUAAUUAUGAAUAGAGUUAAAUAAAUUUACCUUCCUUUUGCAUGAUAGCAAGAAGAUUGCAGCCGCGCGAUAAAAACAAAGGUGGCUACGUAACCCGAUUAAGUAAGAAGCGAAUUAGCGCUCAAGACAGGGUUUUUAAUAAUUUACGAGGAACAAUUGCCAUAGCUAGUGCAGUUUCAACAGAGCCAGCUGUAUAUUUAAUCUGUCUGGAAAUGCAAACAUUAUAAGCUGUAACUGGUCUAUGUGUAUGGCAUUAGAAUCAUUAUUGACACCCUAACAUAGUCUUGACAGUCAUGACCAUUUUGACGAUACUCUUUUGUAUAGCUAUUCCGACAUGCCACAGAUAAACGCGUCCCAGUUGGAUGAUUGCAAUGAAUACGCAGUCAACUUACACUAACUGAAAAAAAUUCAAAACGUAUAUAAGAGCACAAUAUUUUCGCUAUUGUACAUAUGCACCCAACAUUUUCAUCUCUAUUUUCCACCACAUUAUUGUAAAAAUCGCUUAUUCGAAAUAUCUCGAACUGGAAAUCAGCCCAGAAUGUCAUUCUCAUUAGCAAGCGGUAAUAAUAAUCAACUGUAAUAAUGGGACAAUAACGAUCAAAUCAUUAGUCUGUCCUUCUCUGUUUGUGUAGAGCAGAGCGAAGCGACCUGUUUGUCGCAUGAGUCAGUCGCUUCAGUCAAAUAACACUUUGUUUAAUUAACCGAAUUAUAUAUGUAUACAAUGACAUUGACUUUGUAAUACCAAUAAAAUGUCAACUGAAUAUUAGAGGCGUAAUAAGAUUG